UCGGCGCCGCUGUCUCCGUCUUUCUGCGCUUCGUCGGCCGUGUCCGCCGGCUCUCCCUCCUGCCUCCGCCUCCCCAGCCGGGUCGUCCUCCGGGGCUUUGGUGCCCGAGACCCGAGGGCCUGUCCUCGCGCCCAGCUGCCCCGAGACAGGCGCGGAGCCGGGGUCGCGCGCAGAGGUCAUGGAAGAAGUGACAUCGUGCUCCUUCAGCAGCCCCCUGUUCCAGCAGGAAGACAAGAGAGGGAUCACCUACCGAAUCCCAGCCCUGCUCUACGUGCCCCCCACCCACACCUUCCUGGCCUUUGCAGAGAAGCGCUCCUCGUGCAGGGAUGAGGAUGCUCUCCACCUGGUGCUGAGGCGAGGGUUGAGGACUGGACACUCAGUACAGUGGGGACCCCUGAAGCCCCUGAUGGAAGCCACAUUACCUGGGCAUCGGACCAUGAACCCCUGUCCUGUGUGGGAGCAGAAGAGUGGCUGUGUCUACCUAUUCUUCAUCUGUGUGCGGGGCCAUGUCACUGAGCGUCAACAGAUUGUGUCAGGCAGGAAUGCUGCCCGCCUCUGCUUCAUCUGCAGUCAGGAUGCUGGCUGUUCGUGGAGCGAGGUGAGGGACCUGACUGAGGAGGUCAUUGGCUCAGAAGUGAAGCACUGGGCCACGUUUGCCGUGGGCCCGGGUCAUGGCAUCCAGCUGCAGUCGGGGAGGCUGGUCAUCCCUGCAUAUGCCUAUUACCUCCCUUACCGGUUCUUUUGCUUCCGGCUACCAUGUAAAGCCAGGCCUCAUUCCCUGAUGAUCUACAGUGAUGACCUAGGGGCCACAUGGCACCAUGGCAAGCUCAUUAAGCCCAUGGUGACAGUGGAGUGCGAAGUGGCAGAGGUGACCGGAGGGGCCGGUCACUCUGUGCUAUAUUGCAGUGCCCGGACACCAAAAAGGUGCCGGGCAGAGGCUCUCAGCGCUGACCAUGGUGAAUGCUUUGAGAGACCAGCUCUGAGCCAGCAGCUCUCUGAGCCCCCACAUGGCUGCCAAGGCAGUGUGGUAAGUUUCCGGCCCUUGGAGAUCCCACGUAGGUGCCAGGACCCUAGUGGCCAAGAUGUUCCUACCAUUCAGCAGAACCCUCUGCUGGACAGCUCACUGAGGCUAGAGGAGGAAGCUGGAACACUGUCAGAAUCAUGGCUCUUGUACUCACACCCAACCAGUAAGAAACGGAGAGUCAACCUAGGCAUCUACCUCAACCAGACCCCCUUGGAGGCUGCCUGCUGGUCCCACCCCUGGAUCUUGCACUGUGGGCCCUGUGGCUACUCUGAUUUGGCUGCUCUGGAGAAGGAGGGCUUGUUUGCGUGUUUGUUUGAGUGUGGGAUCAAGCGGGAGUGUGAGCAGAUUGCCUUCCGUCUGUUUACAGUCCAAGAGAUCCUGAGCCAUGUGCAAGGAGACUGCAUCAGCCCUGGUAGGAUUUCUGAGCCAAUUCAAAACUAGUUGGCUUAGGACUCAACUUUCCAUAGAAGGGAAACCAUGGAAGGCAACCAUAGCCAGGAUAAUGGAGGUCAGGAUAACAGAGGUUACUGAAGUCUACAAAGAAUCCCAAAACUUAAGAUUCUACGCCCUACCUUUUUUCACUACCCGUUUUCCAGAGGGCAAAAUGAUAAUUGUGCCAUAGCUACUGAGGUGGAAAGAGACUGAACUGUGAGGUAGGAGACCAUGAUAUGGUCUUGGUUCUCCCAUUGCUUGCUUUGGGACCUUGGACAUGUCACCUGAACUCUCGGGGCCUCAGGUCUCUGUCUGUAAAAUGAGAAGAUCGGAUCUGUGAUUUCUCUUCUUCCCAUCCCUAGGAAAGGCAGAGCACCUGCAUGCUGCAUGAUCAGCAAGUCCUGGCUACAUGUAUAGGACUCUGAUCUCAACAUGGAAGUCAGAGGACUCAUCUUUUCAAAUGACUCACCACUAAUCCAAGUGUGAGGUUACAAGCAGGUGUCAUGGUAUGAAGGAAGAUCUGGAUGAUUUGUUCUGUUUUUAAUAUCAAAAACACCCACACCCUUCUAAUCAUGCUCAGAGCUCUACAGGCUCUCUACCCUGGAGGAAUUGGGCAAAAGAGUAGAAUCAUGAGGUCACCUACCUUCUCCAGCUUUGCAGCUCUGCUCAACUUUCUUCCUCAUCCAGAAUGUAUUAUUUCCUAGGGAGAAAAUGAGAAGCUCGGUGCCAGGGGUUAUUGAUAGUGGUACUUAUUGUUUCUGAUGGCAUUACUCCUAUGAGAGACGAACCUGAAGUUCAUUUAUGAGGAUGGUUCCUGGUGGAAAAAGGACAUGGGUUAGGACUUUAAAGCAUUGGACAAGACUUCUCACAGUCUCUGCCCACAAGGAGCUCACAGUUUAUGGGGCUAGAAGAGGGAGAAAAUUUAACAAAAUAAGUGCAGCUGGUGGGAUAGUUUGUAGAUAUUGGGCUCUAAGAUGUAGAUGUAGAUGUAGAAGUUGGUGUGAUGGUAGCUCCUAAUGUCAUUGUCUUGGUUGCAUCUUCAUUGUGCCUGGAGUCAUCUGCCUCAGGCUUAUCCAGGCUGCUGGGUUCCCCCCAAGUUUGUUUUUCUCAGAAUGUUGUCCUGGCUCAGCCACUCCUUUACCUGUGGAGAAGGUCUUCACCGUUAGGAAGGUCUCUGGACCCCCAAACCUCUGAAUCAGGCCUAUUUGUUUGGACCUACUGAAAUCACUAUUUGUGAUGUAGGGAUGCCUCUUUGUCUGAUAGGUUUGGGGCUGAACUUUGCCAGUGCUGGCUCUCUCAGAUGAUACCAAAUUGGUUGCUCUUAUUUUAGAUUGUUUCUCCCAUAGCCUGUUAUUGUGACAGAAAUUCUAUCAUGAGAGAUUUCUUUUUUGUCCCUAUUUUAUGAGGAUGAUGCCUUAAAUUGGUAUCAGCUAAAUAUAUUUGGUGCUGGGUAAUGACCCCAGAGAGCAAAUCUUCAUCAUGGAACAUGGCCUGGGGGCUAGGGGUUGCAGUUGCACCAGUCAGAUGGAGGAGAGUCCUACAGGAUGAAAGUAGAGACUGACUUUACCUACUUCAGCAUAUGGCUUAAGCCCAUGGCUUAGAGUGGCUUUUUAAAAUUCCCUUAGCCUCUCAUACAUUUGCCAAAGUUAUCUUUUCAAUACACAGUUAUGAUCAUUCAUUCACUCAUUUAUACAUUUAUCUAAAUAUUUCUUGAGUGCCUGUGCAUUAUGUAAGGUACUUGCUCUUGCCAUUCCCCAGCUGAAAAUCAUUUGUGGUUCCUCAUUGCCUACUAAGGGUGUUUACAUGUAGCCUGGCAUGUAGGACCUUCAAAUUUUGGGUGAAAUAAUGAAUACUUACCUCUACUUCUUCUUCUUCUUUUUUUUUUUGUGAGGAGGACCAGCCCUGAGCUAACAUCCAAUGCCAAUCCUCCUGUUUUUUGCCGAGGAAGACUGGCCCCGAGCUAACGUCUGUGCCCAUUUUCCUCUACUUUAUAUGGAACGCCGCCACAGCAUGGCUUAACAAGUGGUGCGUCGGUGUGCACCUGGGAUCCAAACUGGCGAACCCCGGGCCGCCACAGCGGAGCGCAUGCACUUAACCGCUUGUGCCACCGGGCCAACCCCAUCUACUUCUUUAUAUGAAGCUCACAGUCAGAAAAGACCUCUGUCAAGUUGGCAGGUGGAGGGGGCUGGGGCGGUUUGAGGGUGGACAGUGUUGGUGAUGCAGGGAGAAAUUGGGGAAGGGGAGAGGAUUAAAAGGGCAGCCCCCUCCUGAAUAGUAGAAACUUCUUGUUCAGCAAAGCUUUCCUGAGCACCCUACUCCAAAUAGAUAGGAAGAAGGAGGAGGGCUAAGUUCUAUAACCAGGGCUCAAGGAUGAAGAGAGUGAGACUAUCAAGACUCUUUGGGACCAUCUGAGAAGGGAGUCAAGGAACGGACCUCAGUCAUAUGGCAGUGUGGACCCCAGAUGUCUAGUACCAGUACUCAGAAGAUGUCUCAUCCGUCUCUAAAUUGCCCUCCCCUUUCUCUUUCCUCUUUGCCUCAUGUUUGCUUGUUUUUAGUGACUGGCAGUGAAACUCUUAAAAGGCAAAGGGCCUAUGUGCGUAUUUCAGGAAAAGCAAGAAAAGAGGGUUGGGGACGGGUAAUCCAUAAUGAGGAUUAGAGAGAGGAACAGAGUGGGUGAUGGCAGCUGUGAAGAAAAAGAACGGCAGAUAGGAGUCCUGGCACCUUUAGGAAGAGAGAGAAAGUGGCACAAACAUGAGCCCUAGGCUGGAGAGAUGGUGUAGGUGGUGGCCACUGUGAAGAAGAAAUGACAACAGGCUGGAGCUGUUGCCUGAAACAUGGGAAAGGAAGGAGGCCUGCACAGGCCAGCAGGUUAUGCUGCAGAUAAGUUCCUACCCAACCCCGUUGCUUUAAGCUGGCUCAAUUUCUCCAUGCUCCAGGUGACCAAGAAAAACAGCUGUAGGCACUCCAACUGUUUGUGCCAAUUAGCCAAGGCCUUCAGGGCCCUGCGACUUAUACCAUGAUAUUGGUACCCUAACUGAGCCCAUUGCAGCCACUCUCAGGUUGGUAGAAUGGAAAAGAUAGGGCAGGUGAUGGUAGCUGUGAAGAAAAGAGGAAAGCACACUGGAGGCCUGUAAUCUAGAGGCAUGAGGAGAGGACUACAUAGUCUGUGGUCCUUUGCCCCCACAGGCCCCACCCUGUCCUUGGACCCUCAGAAUGGAACCAUUCAGCACACAUGGCAGGAAAGCACAGGUAGGGGCCUCCUGCUGCUGAUAUGUACCCAGACCAGCCUCCCACCCAUUUAACCUGCUGGUCCUGCUCAUGCUCCCUAACUCCUGGUUCCCUCACUCCUCGGCUCUUAGUGUUUACCUCAGGCCCUUGUUAUUUGGAUGCUUUAUUUGGACCUGUUUCUCCUGGUCACCAUUCUCCCCUCAGAUAUCCACAGGAUAUCAUGAAACGGCAGCCAUAGGUAAGAGACCUUACACCCUGCCUGUUGGGUAGCCCCAGAGACCCAGAGAGGUCAGCCUGAGGCUACACAGCCUCCUCCCCAGGGCAGUAGGAUUCAAUAUU